AUGGCCAACGACGAGUAUGAUUUUCUCUUUAAAGUCGUGUUGAUCGGAGACUCUGGCGUCGGAAAAUCCAAUCUUCUCAGCCGAUUUACACGAAACGAGUUCAACCUAGAUUCCAAGUCUACAAUCGGCGUCGAAUUUGCUACCAGGUCGAUCCAAGUUGAUUCCAAGACCAUCAAAGCGCAGAUAUGGGAUACUGCUGGACAGGAACGCUACCGCGCCAUUACCUCGGCCUAUUAUCGUGGCGCGGUCGGCGCCCUGCUUGUCUAUGACAUUAGCAAGCACCAGACGUACGAGAACGUGACACGAUGGCUGAAGGAGUUGCGAGACCAUGCCGAUGCCAAUAUUGUCAUUAUGCUUGUUGGAAACAAAAGCGACUUGAGACACCUACGAGCUGUCCCAACUGAAGAAGCCAAAGCUUUUGCUAGUGAAAAUCAUUUAUCCUUUAUUGAGACUUCCGCUUUGGAUGCCAGUAACGUUGAGCUCGCCUUUCAAAACAUUCUCACUGAAAUCUACCGAAUUGUCUCAAGCAAGGCUCUCGACACUGGUGAUGGUGCUCAGGCUACGAUCGGUAGCGGCACAAACAUCUCUCUGAGCAAGCCCGCAGACGAUGACACUUCCAAGAGUGCCAAGUGCUGCUGA